UUGUUGGCCUCCAGGUGGCCCCCGGAAACGGAGAGUCACUGUCUUUAAGUGCGGAGAGGCAGUUGAGUUAUGUCUACAUUGGUUAAGGCAAUGUCUAAGUUCCGCCUGGCUGUGGUGCAGCUCAAUGUUACGAAAGUGAAGGCAGACAAUCUGAAGAGAGCACAGGAGCUGGUGAAAGAAGCAGCAGGUCAGGGUGCAAAAGUCGUCGUUCUGCCCGAGUGCUUUAACUCCCCUUAUGGGACCAGGUUUUUCCCUGAAUAUGCUGAGAAGAUCCCCGGGGAGUCGACACAGGCUCUAUCACGGGCGGCCAAAGAGAACGGCGUCUACUUGGUUGGAGGGUCUAUUCCGGAAGAGGAUGGGGGAAAGCUGUACAACACUUGUCCCGUCUUUGGGCCGGAUGGGUCCAUGCUGCUGAAACACAGGAAGAUCCAUCUCUUUGACAUCGAUGUGCCCGGGAAAAUCCGCUUCCAGGAAUCGGAGACGCUUAGUCCGGGGAGCAGUUUGUCAGUCUUUGAGACACCCUUCUGUAAGGUAGGCGUCGGGAUCUGCUACGACAUGCGGUUUGCUGAACUGGCCCAGAUCUAUGCCAAAAGAGGGUGCCAACUGCUGGUUUACCCUGGUGCCUUCAACAUGACCACUGGCCCGGCCCACUGGGAGCUCCUGCAGAGAGGGAGGGCGCUCGAUAACCAGGUGUACGUGGCGGCAGCCUCCCCAGCCAGAGACGAAGCGGCUUCCUACGUGGCUUGGGGCCACAGCGCGGUCAUCAGCCCCUGGGGAGAGGUGAUUACGAAAGCUGGAGUGGAGGAGACUGUGCUCUACGCCGACAUUGACCUGCAGUACCUGGCAGAGGUGCGUCAGCAGAUCCCCAUCUCCUCCCAGCGACGGGGAGACCUGUACAGCGUGAACGCACUGCCGGAGAGCUAGCUGGCACGAGAGAUACCAGCAGACACAUGCCAUGAUGUCUUCUGUGGGUGGAGAGCACUAAAGAAGCUGAAGGAGGGUUAUAUUCUACAGCUAGUGGGUAUGGAGGUGGACCAUAACCUCAUCACUGUCCAUCUGGUUUGUAUUUAGAUUUAAAUAUAUUUGCUACUGAAGCAAUUACUGCCAGAUUCUGCUGAACAGGUCACAUGGGAAUCACACAAAUGUCUGUUAUUUUGAAAGUAGCAAAUGUAAUUUUUAAAGCGAUAACUGUUUAUUCCUGACAAAUUAUUUGUGGUGUCUGUUACUGAUAGACGUCUCACUCAAUAUAAGAAUAAAGUGGAUUUCACAAUUU